AUGGAACUGCUUUUAAAAACUGCAGGAGUUGAUGAAUAUGAACCUAAAUGUGCUCAACAAUUAUUAGAAUUUGCUCAUAAUGUAGAUGAUAUUAAGCUUGCCAUACAUGGUCGUAUAAAUCAUUCAUUCACAUUUCCACCUAGACAAGAGUUUUUAGUUCAACUUGCAAAUGAAAGAAAUGAUGUACCUUUACCACAUGUACCAGUAAAAUAUGGAUUAAGAUUACCACCAGAUAGACAUUGUUUAACUUCUUAG